AUGCCUGCGCGCCCGGCGGUCUCUCUGGACGAGAUCAGUGACACUCUUCUACCGCGUCGCUACCAGGAGGAGAUUUUUACGCGCGCGCAACAAAGCAAUGUCAUCGCCGCUCUCGACACCGGCAGCGGCAAGACGUAUAUCAGCACCCUCCUCAUCCGAUGGAUCGCUGCCCAGAACAGCGACGAGCGCAAGAUCAUCGUCUUCCUCGUCCCCAAGGUUCCCCUGGUUCAUCAGCAAGGCGACUUCAUCGCUCGACAGACCUCCCUCCGCGUCUGCCAGCUCCAUGGCGCCAUCUCGCACGAGAUGAACAACCGCGAGAGUUGGAAGGAGCAGUUCAACAGCGCCGAUGUGUUCGUCAUGACCGCCCAGGUGUUCCUCAAUACGCUCACCCACUCCCACUGGCGCAUGUCCAAGGUCGCGCUGAUCGUGUUCGACGAAUGCCACCACGCGCGCAAAAAUCACACGUACAACGGCGUCAUGCGCGAAUACUUCCAGACCGCCCCUGAGUCUCGUCCCAAGAUCUUCGGGAUGACGGCGUCGCCGAUAUGGAACCCGAAGAACGCCUCCGAGUCCCUCGCUAUCCUCGAGAAGAACCUGGACGCCAAAGUCAUCGCCGUCAAGGAGCAUAUUGAAGAACUCACUGACCACUCUCCUCGACCUGAAGAGAAAAUUCAUGUAUAUCCUAUGUCCCCGAACCUAGAGAACCUUCCCCCAGAGGUCGUUCUCCCCGUUGAGCGGAUCCUAACCAGAUACGAAGUGACGUACUACAACAUUGGUCCAUACGGCGCCGAAUACUAUCUCUUCACGGAGGUCACGCAACGAGUGACAAUACUCAUCGGGGACGCAAUUUCGCAUGCGAUAGCGUCGCUCACCCCUGACCAAUAUGCUAAGGUCGCUGCCGGAGGCUCGAUGGAGGUCAUCGAAGGCGUAGUCCAUCCACGCCUUCUCCAGCUUCGCGGAGUGCUCCAGGACUUCCGAUCGUUCUUUGCGCCUGCAGAGGGGGAGCCGCAGAUUGAAGUGCCCUUCACGUGGUGUUCGCCGAAGGUCAAAGCGCUCACUGAGGUCCUCUUUCGACGCCACACCCCGGACUUCCAGGGGAUCGUCUUCGUCGAACAGCGCCAUGUUGCGUCGUGCCUGGCGACGAUCCUCGAGCGAAUGCCAAUGUUGGCGCACAUCAUCAAGACGGAACAACUCAUCGGACACGGGGCCGCUGCAUCGAACAAGUCGCAACAAUCGAAGGGAAUGGCGUCCACCGGCCAGGAAGACACGGUGAAGAUGUUCCGAGAGAAGAAGAUCAAUUUGCUCGUUGCGACCUCUGUUGCGGAGGAGGGCCUGGACUUCCCCGCAUGCGAUGUCGUCAUACGGUUUGACCCUGUACAACACAUGGUGGGCUACUUGCAAUCGCGCGGUAGGGCUCGGCACAAAACGUCCACUUUUGUCAUUAUGGUGCAGGAAGGUGCUCAAGCGCAAGCGGAGCGAUACUUUCAGUUCAAAGAAAGCGAACCCGAACUCAAGAAGGUGUACCAAGACCGUGAGCUGAAUAGCGAUCUGGGCAUCGACGAGAUCGACGAGGACAGCGAAGAGCUCGACCAAGAGGAUCUCGAUGGCCGCGAGCGUUACGUGGUCCCUUCAACGGGAGCCGUGCUAACCUACACCUCAGCCAUUGGCAUCCUCAACCUUCUCUGCGCCAUGAUUCGACGGGAUCGGUUCACACCCGUCCACGUUCCGAAAUACGUAGGCGAUUACACCUCCACAGUCCAUCUCCCCUCCAGCCUACCUCUCCCUCCCGAGGAUCUCGUGGAAGCCAAACGUGCCGCAGCCUUCGUGGUGGUGAAGCGGCUGCAUAUGUUGAACGUUCUCGACGAUUACCUCCUUCCGGCCAAGAAACCAUCAUUCGCAACCGAAGACGCAGACGGUGUUCCCAUCAUGAGUGUCAGGAAGGUCCCUGAAUUACUCGACGUCUCUGUCCGCGAUCCAUGGAUCCUGGGCUCGACGCUCUGGUUGCACAUCGUUUACGUGGAUGGCGUGCCCGCAGCUGGUGUCGUGACCGGGACCUCCCUUCCUUCUGUCGAGUUGGUGGCGAGCGGAUUCUUUCUCUCGACGGACGAGGGUACAGAAAUCGUUCUCCACCCGCAACACGCGUGGAGCCAGCGGAGGGCGAUGGAGGACUACACGAGGAUGGGUCUAUGGUGGUGCGUUACCGGCAGGGGACUCACCCUCCCGUUGACGUGCUACCUGGUCCCCAUCAAUCGCGACCUCAGGAUCGACUUUGACGCAAUCGAUCUCGCCGUCAGCAGCCAGUUUGGCUCGACAGACUGGAAGGGCGUCGGGGAGGAGCAGUGCGGGCAGCUGCUUUACGUCAACAUGAAGCACAUCGGCCACCCAAUGCUGCUGCAUCGGCUUCGCCCAGACAUCACCCCAUCGUCCAAACCUCGACCUGGGUCUACAGAGUCGGCAUAUCCCACGUAUCGCGAUUACUGGCUACACAAGUACACACGGCGAGGCGUAACCCCGCAGAUCUCCCGCGACGGGCCCUGCGUCGAGGGCAUCCCCCUCGCUCGCAACGUCGUAGCAAACUACGCCCUCGACAACUCUCCACUUCGCCACCCUCCACAGAGCGUGGCUCAAGAGACUGUCACCUUCCCGGUCGAGUUCUGUCGCUGGGCAGUCAUGCCCCCGCACGUGUAUCACGCCUUCCUCGCCCUUCCCCAACUUCUCCACCGCCUCACCGACAUCUACCGCGCCCGCGCGCUCCGCGUUUCCCUCUCCCUCCCGCCUCUCUCGGACGACACACUCGUCCAAGCGCUCACACUCCCCAAUGCUGCCGCGGCGUUCAACAACCAGCGCCUCGAGACCCUCGGCGACGCCGUGCUCAAGCUUGCCGCCGUCACGCACCUCUACAUCCGCUUCCCGCACCGGCACGAGGGCCAGCUCGACUACAUGAAGCGCACCGUCGUUUCGAACCACACCCUCCUCGCUCGGGGGCUCGAGCGUGGGCUCGAGCGUUCCUCACGACCGAGAACCAGAGCCUGCGCCUGUGGCGAUAUGUGCUCCCGUCCUCCGCCGGGUGCACGGCAGACGAGGACGCGCGCCGUGGGAAGCACGACCUGUGCGUGCCGUGCGCCGGGGAUCGUACGGCGCAGCUUGCAGGACUGCAUGGAGGCUCUGCUUGGGGCGGCGUGGGCGACGGGCGGCGUCGAUAUGGCGCUGCGCACCGGCACCGCGCUGGGACUGGCGUUCGGGGGGCCGGGCGCGUGGGGGAUGCGGCGCGUGCCACAGAUGGUGCGCGGGGCCGCUGCGCCGGCGUUCGCGGAGCUGCAGGAGACCUUAGGGUAUACGUUUCGGCAUGGGCAGCUGCUGUUUGAGGCAAUGACGCACCCGUCGCUCGCGGGUGGUACGUCGUACCAGCGGCUCGAGUUCCUGGGGGACGCGGUGGUGGACAUGGUCGUUACCGAAUACCUGUACAAGAAGUUCCCGCGAGCAACGUCCGGCGAGCUCUCGUGGGCGCGCUCGCGUGCGGUAUGCAGCCCCGCGCUCGCAUCCGUCGCGGUGAAGAGGCUGCGGCUGCACAAGAUGAUACUCAUAAACAACAUCGAUCUGAGCAUGGCGAUCGAGAAGUACGUGCCCGUGCUCGAGGCGAUCUCGGAGGAGGAGGUCGUCCUCCACGGCUGGAAGCAGGACCCGCCCAAGGCGCUCAGCGACGUGCUCGAGAGCGUCGUCGGCGCCGUCUUCGUCGACUGCGGCUACGACUACGACAAGGCCGCCGCGGUCGUCCAGGUGCUCCUCGAGGACCUCAUCGCCGUCCUCCGCCCGGACCUCCCGAAGGACCCCGUCUCGGAGCUUAUGGUCUGGGUCGGGCAGUCGGGGUGUCGCGCAAUCCGCUUCGCGAGAUCGCAGAGCCGUCCGGAAGUGCGCCGGCCGGACAGUGUCUCCGUCCUCGUCCACGACGUGACCGUCGUCGCCCCGAUGGCGGCGCCGAACAACUCGAUGGCGAAGGGCCUCGCGUCCGAGGCCGCCCGCCGCGUGCUCGCGGACCCAGAGUCCGAGCAUUACCUCCGUCGCCUGUCGGCCGAAAUUACCCCAUGGCCCAAUCAUGUCGACAUGGAGGGCGUGGAGGGCGUGGAAGAGACGGCGGGUGGGGUGGUUGAUGUGGGUGACAUGGAUGACGAAAGCGCAGAAGUGGAAAAGGAGGCGUUUGACGCGAAGGCGGUGAACAAGGAGGAGCUGGACGACGAGACGGUGGAAGGGUUCGCGAUGCUUGCGCGGACUCUAUUCGAGGGGACGAAUGUGUUGGUGUUGGAGGACGAAGACGACGCCACUGAGGAUGAUGAGUAUGCGGAAUUGGACCACGACACGGCAGAUGAGAGGGAAGUGGAACGAAUGCUAGAGCUUGAUGAGACGUGA